GAAGGGGAAUACGAAAUGGUCUUGGUAUUAAGUCGAGAGUGAGGCACGAGAGUUCGUGAAGAACGUUACUCCAUAAUAUUUUCACUCAAAAGACCUCUACCAGUGGCUACUGUGCUAUUUCCUUUAAACAAUCGUUUUUAAAAAAUAUUUAAAAUGCUGCCGAGGCGACGCGUCAUCGAUCUUCUGCAAGUCAUUUCAUCUCAGUCAUGCAGAUGUCCAGCGCACGGAAAUCCAGGAGCUACCAGCGUGCGGGAUCACGGAAAAGCUCGGAGCACCGCAGCAAACGUUACGACCGAUAAGGAAUAUGCUUUCGAGAUGGCCUGUUCUACGGUGCGAUAUGGAGUAGGAGUAACGAGAGAGUUAGGAAUGGACAUACAAAAUUUGGGAGCAAAGAAGACGUGUCUGAUGACAGAUCCUAAUUUGGUGAACUUAGCUCCCGUAAAAACUGCCAUUGAUAGCCUCUCUAAAUAUGGGAUUCAAUUUGAGAUUUACGAUAAAGUACGCGUAGAGCCAACUGAGCAAAGCUUACAAGAUUCGAUCGAGUUUGCCAAGCGUGGAAAUUUUGACGCUUUUGUAGCGGUUGGCGGUGGUUCUGUGAUGGAUACCUGUAAAGCGGCCAAUCUGUAUAGCUGCGAUCCAAACGCCGAAUUUUUGGAUUACGUAAACGCGCCGAUCGGGAAAGGUAAACCGAUUCGGGUACCUCUAAAGCCACUCAUCGCCGUUCCGACAACCUCCGGUACCGGUUCUGAGACAACUGGAGUAUCUAUCUUCGAUUAUCGGCCGCUAAAGGCCAAAACGGGGAUCGCUAACAGAUCUCUACGUCCAACGUUGGGAAUCAUCGAUCCCCAGCACACUCUGUCUUUACCAGAGAAAGUAUGUGCCUACUCCGGUUUCGAUGUGCUCUGUCAUGCUUUGGAAUCAUUCACGGCAAUACCCUAUACAGAGAGAACGCCAUGCCCACCGAAUCCGAUUCUAAGACCAGCUUAUCAAGGCAGUAAUCCUGUCAGCGAUGUUUGGGCGCGAUACGCUCUCCAAGUUAUGCGCAAAUACUUCAAGCGAGCAGUUUACAAUCAAGAGGAUUUGGAAGCGAGGAGUCACAUGCAUUUAGCAAGUACAAUGGCAGGCGUUGGUUUUGGAAACGCUGGUGUUCAUCUUUGUCAUGGACUUUCGUAUCCUAUCAGCGGAAAUGUUCGAAAUUUCCAACCAAAGGGAUAUAGUAACGAUCAUCCCAUAAUUCCUCACGGUCUAUCCGUGGUGAUCUCUGCGCCAGCCGUAUUUUCCUUUACCGGAAGCGCAUGUCCAGAGAGGCAUCUGGAAGCUGCAGAAUUGCUCGGUGCAAAUGUCCAAAAUGCCAAACGGGCUGACGCGGGUAAAAUUUUGGCUGACAUUGUAAAAGAAUACAUGCGUGUUAUGAAAGUCGAAAAUGGUUUGGCAGAACUCGGUUUCAAAAAAGAAGACAUUCCUACUUUAGUUCAAGGCACUUUGCCUCAGCAUCGCAUUACGAAAUUGGCGCCACGUGAACAAUCUGAAGAGGAUCUCGCGCAAUUAUUCGAGAAUUCAUUUGCGAUUUAUUAAAGAUCAUUUAACGUUAUAAAAUAAACAUUUCGUUAAUUGUAUAUAAGUAAAAUUGUAACAAGUAAAUAUUAUUUUUAUACAAUAAAUAAUAAAAUUUAUAAGAAAACAAAAAUUUCAUUUGACUGAAAGAUUUGCGUUGCUAAAUAAAAGUUUUUAAUUAGUGCUGUAGCUUUAGUUGUGUGUAUAUAUUUUUAAUCUCAGACUUUAUAUAAGAUUUAAUUGGGCUAAAACGUGUUAGCCCGUAAAGGCCCCCACCACCCCCGCUAAUUAUAAUCAGCGGUCCUCUUUUAUCCCAGGUAACAAGCUAAUGCCGUAAAUAUGAUGACGAAAAACAUUAGCUUGCUACCUGGAUGGUAUGUAUUUUUUUACGUUUAUAUAUUACUUUUUAUAUAAUGUAUUGUAAUGUCAAUAUGGACAUUGGACAAUAAAAAACUUCAAUAUAUAAAGUACAUAA